GUGUGUGUGUUUUUCUGUUUUGUGCAAAACCGCAUCCAAAAUCGAUCGACCGCUCGCCAUCGUGUGUGCCAUCGAAAACAAAUCGCGUUGUAAUUUGUGUGCAUUUCUCCCUCCCCCGAGGUGGCAAAAGUGCAAGACAACUGCAUUCAGCGUGCAACGAUCCCGAUCUAUCCUGUGUCAAUUGUGUGUGUGUGUGUGUGUGUGUCUCUCUCUCUCUCUGUAUGCCCACACUAAUCAAGCCCCCGCAUCAUUGCUAUCGAAAAGUGAUAAGGCAAGGUGUGUGUGUGCACCAGCCAAUCCCGCGGAGAGGAAUGCUGGUAGUGUGGUGCGCUGAAAAUUGAUAAAAUUAAGCUGACUAACGGCAAACCCGACAUCGCAAUCAAUUUGAAAAGUGAAACCGAGCUCGCUUGAGUGGCUGCAAUUAACAUAAGUCUCAGGCAAACCGGGGAAUCCAAAGUCCGAUCCCGACAACGCACCGAAAGAGAACAGAACUGAACCUCCUCAAAAAAAUGACAAAAUACUAUGAAAGUGAAACCGUGUACAACUACUCCUGGGAGCAGGUCACACAGGGCUUCUGGAACCGAUACCCGAACCCGUUCAGCUCGCACGUACUCUCCGAGGACACGGUCUGCCGGGAGGUGCGGAAUGGGAAGCUGCACAGCAAGCGGCUCCUCACCAAGACGAACCACGUGCCGAAGUGGGGCGAGCGCUUCUUCAAGGCAAAGUCGGUCAACAUCGUGGAGGAGUCGGUGGUCGAUCCGAACGAGCGAACGCUCGUCACGUACACGCGUAACAUUGGCUUCAACAAAAUAAUGAGUGUGGUGGAAAAGGUGGUCUACAAAUCGCUCCCGGACCAGCCGGGCAAAACCAUCGCCAUCCGGUCGGCGUGGAUCGAUUCGUCCGUGUACGGCUUCGGUACCGCCAUUCGCGCGUUCGGGCUGGAGCGGUUCAAGAAGAAUUGCGCCAAAACGGUGAGCGGCUUCAACUACGUCCUGCAGCACAUGUUCCCGAACAAUCCGGUCGCGCUGGCAGCGGCCGCCGCCGCUGCCGCCAGCCAGGCCUCCAAGGCCCAGAAGCUGCGCGAAGCGGCCAAACACGCGUCGGACCACAUGAAGGCGCAGGCAGAACAUUUGGUACAGAACCUGUCCGUCAAGGGCUAGGAAGGAGGGGACACACACGGGGGGAGGAUACCAUGCAUCAAUUCCAACGGUAACGGAGCAGUCCCCCAGGUACACAAGUUGAUGCCGUAGGUUUGAUUUUAAGUCUUUGGUGUGGGGUUUUGUUCGGUACCGGGUUUUGUUACCCAAAAAAAGAGCUGUGGUUAGUACGUUAGAGAGAGGGAGAGAGAAGCAGAAAGAGAGCGAGAGAUAGGAAAUAGGAAAAGUUUUUAAAACAGCCGUUUCAAAAGUAGUUAUUCCCAUCUUCGAUCCGCGGACGUAAAGCCAACGCAAAGCAGGUCGUGUUCCACAUCUCAGCAGUAUUGUCAUGCGUGUGUGGCCUUGUUGGAAAGCAUGCCCCAUGACCCCCCGGUAUACCACAAAGUCCCAUGAAAAAAAGCCACAAAACCUACACAAAAUGCCGGCAGGGCCGCCGCCCGUCCAAAGAGCCCGUUGAAUUGUGCAAUUUCCAAACGAUUGGUUAAUCAUUCCACGUGAUUGUGUGCGCAUUGUGUGCCCCGGGAAGAACGGCACUCGACGAUCUCAUUUGCGCUUGAGAUCACUUCUCGCUUAGCGCGGAUCGCACGAAGUAGGUUGCUUGCUGCUGUUACUGCUGCUUCUGCUGCCGCUAAGCUGCUACUACUAGCAACCAGAACAAAAAACAGACGUUUGAUAGUGUUUAUUGUUAAUCCAUUAGUCUCUACUGUUCAAAAACCGAAGGGGCAGCGAUCGAGCGGAGGAGGCGACAGCAGUUGUGCGCGAAAGAUGGUAAUACUGACUUGAAUUCUCCCGGGAGGAAAGCAAACGAGAGACAGGGUAGAUUAUACAUUUGGAAUAGCGCGAAUAGGACGUAAACUAGAAUAUUCAAUUGUACGCUACUUUAAACAUAACUGGAAUAAAUCCAUCCUUAAACGAA